AUGAAAUUCUCUGCCGUAGUCGUUGCUCUUGCUCUUUUCGCAUCUGCUAAUGCCGUACCAUUCAACAAGAGGCAAGAUCCAAAACCUUUUGCACACGAUAAUGGUGUCGCAGCCCAGAAAUUGAACGAUGAUUUCAAAAAAUUGACUCCCGACUCGCCAUGUACUGCCGGAGAAAAUGCUUGCGUAGAUGGUGGGUUUGCCCAGUGUGUUGGUAAUAAGUUCCAAGUCACUCAAUGUGCCGGUGGCACGAGUUGCUUUGCUCUUCCUCUUGUCAACAAGCCCGGAACCUCGAUUACCUGCAAUGCUAUAAAGCUUGCCCAAGACUUCCAAAAGCUUGACGACAACUCACCAUGCACAGCUGGCCAAAACGCUUGCGUCAAGGGCAACUUUGCACAGUGUGUUAAUGGUAAAUUUGUAUCCAUGCCAUGCAGUGGUGGAUUGUCCUGUGAAGUGCUUCCUUUGGUUAAUUCUCGCGGUACUUCUAUCACUUGUGACACUAAGGCAGACGCGCAGGCCCGUAUUGACGAUGCACUUAAGAACUAA